AUGUGCUUGAAAGCCUUGCCACAGUUUGAAUCCAGAGGCAGCCAGUGCCUGAAUUCUCCGUAUGUCGGCGGGCGGCUGCAGGCAGGGCCAGAUCUAGGGGAGAAAGUGGGGCAGCUGCCCCGGGUGGCAGUCAGAGGGGGCGCCACGGAGGCAGCCAGUGAUAGUGACCCCAACCCCUCCCUGUGCUUAUCUCUCAAGCGGUUGUUGCUUGGAAGUCAGCUGUCCCAAGGUGACUUCCUCCCACUCCCACAACUAACCAUUCACAACCGCCCAAGCCUUUCAGAACUGCAGUUGACGACAGCACUGCCAUUUCCUGUUUGCUUCCAUUUCCCCCCCCUCUUAACACUGUGCGGUUUUCUUCACAGGGUGGAACCAGCCCUUACGAGAAUCAAAGAAGACAGGAAACGGAUCAUCCUCCCGGCGAUCGACAACAUCAAGUACAACAGUUUUGAAGUGCAGCAGUAUGCCAAUGCGGCUCACGGUUACAACUGGGGGCUCUGGUGCAUGUACAUCAUCCCACCGCAGGACUGGCUGGACAAGGGGGACGAGUCUGCGCCAAUCAGGACACCAGCCAUGAUUGGCUGCUCAUUUGUGGUGGACCGAGAAUAUUUUGGUGAGAUUGGGCUGCUUGACCCUGGCAUGGAAGUUUAUGGAGGAGAAAACAUUGAACUUGGCAUGAGGGUAUGGCAGUGUGGAGGAAGCAUGGAGGUGCUGCCGUGCUCUCGGGUGGCGCACAUCGAGCGCACAAAGAAACCGUACAACAACGACAUCGAUUACUAUGCAAAGCGCAAUGCCUUGCGUGCAGCUGAAGUCUGGAUGGAUGACUUCAAGUCACAUGUUUACAUGGCGUGGAACAUACCGAUGACGAACCCCGGAGUUGAUUUUGGAGACGUUUCAGAGAGAGUCGCUCUGCGGCAGCGUCUUCAGUGCCGGAGCUUUAAGUGGUACUUGGAGAACGUCUACCCUGAAAUGAGGAUUUACAACAAUACCAUCACUUACGGAGAGGUACGCAACAGCAAAGCUAGCGGCUACUGCUUGGACCAAGGAGCGGAGGAGGAUGAUAAGGCAAUUCUUUACCCGUGUCACGGAAUGUCCUCCCAGCUUGUGCGUUACAGCACCGAAGGACUCCUGCAAUUGGGCCCCCUGGGAUCGACAGCGUUUCUGCCCGACUCAAAAUGCCUGGUGGAUGACGGGAAAGGAAGAACACCCACGCUGAAGAAAUGCGAAGACACUUUGAGGCCUGCACAGAGGCUGUGGGAUUUCACACAGAACGGUCCAAUCAUCAGUCGAGACACAGGACGGUGUCUAGAAGUAGAAAUGUCCAAGGAUGCUAAUUUUGGGCUGAGAUUAGUGGUACAAAGAUGUUCGGGGCAAAAAUGGAUGAUCAGAAACUGGAUAAAACACGGCCGGCAUUGAUUUCGGAAGAUGCCCUUUCGGAAGAGUCUUUGACCAGGAGCCGGCAUCCUGCCAAGAGACUCGGGUUUAAGAGGACUGCUGUAUUGAGAAGACAGCUCAAAGAAGAAGGUGUCGAGGACCAGGGUUGUGAAUUAUGAGACACUAAUUGUUCCUUCAAAGAGAUUGUGGGAGACUGGCACCCCAUGUGAGACUGCUGAAGAGCAAAACUGUCUUGGUCGUUCCACUUAACACUGCAGGUGGGAGCUUCUGUGAUUGAACACCACUCCAUUCAAAGGUUGCCUGCAUGUAGAAAGCUAGCUUGUCAGGGAAGAAGCCUAGGCUAGAACCCUGCUGUCUGACUUGCGGAAGGGAUCGUUCUGUAUGGAGGAGUGUACAAUGAUCAGAACCUUCCCCCCAAAACCUGGAGGGGCAAUAAUCCGUACAUGGGUUUUUGCACUAGAGAACUAGGCCUCACAUCUUGUAUCAUUGGGGUGUCCCAGGAAGACUCAUGCAAGCAUUUGGUUCUUCAGGCUACCUUGAGAGGAUCAAAACAGACCAUCCGCCAGAAUUUUCUUUCUGCUCUUUAGGAAGAAACAAAGGGCAGCCAUAUUUGUGAUGCAUUUUCAAGACUGGGGGGUCUCUUGCCUCAGCGAUGAAGGGCCUGGGGUGGAAAUACAUGUGUUAGCUUUAAGUUGCUGACUGAUGCACAGCUCCUGUGGUGAACAAAACCAUGUGCCUUUUCUACUGUACUUCCUAUCCGAGCGGACCAGGGGAUCCCACCUCUUCAGCAUGUCUGACUGAACUCUCUGAACGACCACCACAAGAAAAAAGUACCCUGUAAAUAAAUUACACUGCAAAAAUCUAAUAUAUGAUACGUUUCAACA